AUGGGCAACCAAGACAACUCGAAUUUAUUAAGACUAGUCUACCUCCUAUCCAGAGGAGUUUGCCUAGGGCACCACCACCGCAUUCCAGCGAGCUCACCAGAUGAGCAAAAAUGGCUACGGCAGCUGGAAGAAGAGUACGUCAAGCUCAAAGGUGUCCGCAAGCAGAUCAAGUUUUUGAGAGACAAGUUGAGAGCCAUGAGUCCCACGCUUGAGAUGCUUGCGGAUGCAGAGGAGCUCAACCCUCAGAUGACGGCAUGGAGGGACAAGUUACGUGAGCUGGCAUAUGACUUGGAAGAUUGCAUUGAUGCCUUCAUAUCUCGUGUUGACCACGAGCGUGAUGGACAUUCGGCAUUAAUCAAGGGAUUCUUCCGCAAGCUGAAGAAACUGAAGCAACGCCAUGAUAUUGCCAAUCAGAUCCAAGAACUCAAGGCAUCUGUUCUAGAGGCAAGCGAGAGGCACAAGAGGUAUGAUUUGGCCCAACUGAAAAACAAAUCUAGCAGUUCUUCUGUUGAUCCUAGGCUGCAGGCACUCUACGAGGAUAUUGAUAAACUUGUGGGCAUCGAUGCCCCUAAGAAGCAAAUCAUUGAGUUGUUAAGCAUGGUGAUGAAUGGGUCAUCUGCAAAACUUAAAGUUGUCUCAAUUGCUGGUUGUGGAGGUCUUGGUAAGACAACUCUUGCAAAGCUAGUCUAUGAGGACAUUAAAAACCAGUUCAAAUGUGCAGCAUUUGUGUCGGUUUCUCGAACUCCUGAUGUCAGAAAAGUAUUAAGAGGCAUUGCAAAAGGAGUUGGUAUUACCAGUAAUAUGUUGGAUGAUGAUGAGAAGGAACUCAUUGAUAAACUCAGGGAACACCUUCAGGAUAAAAGGUACCUCAUUGUAAUUGAUGAUGUAUGGGAUGCAAAACCAUGGGAGACCAUCAAGCUUGCAUUAAUGAAUAACAAUUGUGGUAGCAGAGUAAUCACUACAACACGUAGCAAUGACAUUGCAUCAUACUUGUCUUCGCAAGGCGGUAAUGUUUACCAAAUGAAAUCACUCAGUUUUGAGGACUCCAAGAGGUUGCUUUUUAAAAGAGCAUUUGGUUCUGAAAACUUAUGCUAUACUCAUUUGGGUAGUGCUCCGGACGAGAUAUUAAGAAAAUGCGAUGGUUUACCAUUAGCAAUCAUCACUAUAUCUAGCAUGUUAGCUGAUCAGCACGCAAAAGGUGAAUGGGACAGUGUACUAAAUGAUAUUGGUUCUUCUCUUGCUAAGAAUCCUGGUGCUGAGAAUAUGACGGCCAUAUUAUCUAUGAGUUACUUUGAUAUUCCUCACCAUCUAAGAAGUUGUUUGUUGUACUUGAGUGUGUUUCCAGAAGAUCACAAGAUUGAGAAACAAUGUUUGAUCAAUAGGUGGAUUGCAGAAGGGUUCAUUCAUAAGGAAAAUGGUCAAAAUGAAUAUGAAAUUGGUGAGCGUUACUUCAAUGAUCUGAUCAACAGAAGCAUGAUCCAACCAGUUAGAGUAAAGUAUGGUCAGGUGAAGGCAUGUCAAGUGCAUGACAUCAUCCUUGACUACAUCAAAUGCAAGGCCGCUGAAGAGAAUUUUGUAACUUCAUUAGAUGCUGCGGAGCCUGUAUAUACAUCAGAAUACAAGGUUCGUAGGCUUUGUGUCAUCAACCACAAUGAAGAAAAUGUUACUUUAUGGGCAGACGAGAUCUUGUCUCAUGUUCGGUCAGUUACUAUAUUUGGAGAGCCUGUGAAAAUCUCUUUGUUGCCUUCGACUCCUCUUCGUGUGUUGGACCUAAGAGAACACUAUGGCAUGGAAAAAUAUCAUCUUGCAAGUAUUGGGAAGUUGUUUAAUCUUAAGUACUUGCGUCUCUGCUCAUGGUCCAUAAGUGGGCUCCCAGAGACUGUUGGUGAACUACAUCAUCUACAGAUGUUGGAUGUGCGAGGCACUCAUAUCAGAGAACUACCACGAACUAUCACGGAACUUCAACAACUGACUCGUUUAUAUGUUGAUUGGGAUACUAGAUUUCCAGAAGGAACAAUAGGAAAGAUGCACAGCUUGGAAGAGCUGAGGAGCGGAAGGAUCGCCUUCCCUGGCAACAACGGAUUCAGAAGUCUGAAACAAUUCUCCCUGUGUAUCAACUUUUGUGGGACCUCGCUGGAGUUUGAAGCGGGAUCAAUGUCAAGGCUUGAGCACGUGAAGCUUCAGUUCAGUGCGCAUGAGAUGGAGUGCUUGAAUGGUGCUUCUAGUUUGGGCAUCCAGCACCUCUCGUCUCUCAACAAGGUUGAGAUCAAAAUUGGUAGCGACCGGCAUGAGUAUGACGAGGACUACAACCCAGUGGAAGAUGAUCAUGAUGACACUGCCCGAUGUAUUUCAAGAGCCAUUAAUGCUGCCAUCGAGACACUUCCCAAGCGUCCCACUGCCAGCUUCAGAAGAGUACAUCAUAGCUAUAGCUACUGUGAAGAUUUCGAAUCCUUUUUGAGGGAGUGGAAUCAAUAUCACGAUGGGUUAUUGAAUGAGUGGCUCAAACUUUGGCAAAUUACAGAGGAGCAGGCGAACCAAACUACUGAUGGAGAGACUGAACUAGAGGAUGAGACACAUGAAAAGGAAGAAGAGGAGCAGACUGGUCAAAAAGAAGUGGCACACCAAGAGGACAGUGUACAACCGGAAGGCCACUGCAUCACCUGCAUGCUUUCACAAAUCACAACACAGAGCAUCCAGCAGCAGAGCAAUGGCGGAGGCUGCUCUGUUGAGCGUCUCCACGGGGGUGUUGAAGCCGCUCCUGUCCAAGCUCACCAAACUGCUGAGCGACAAGUACGUCAAGCUCAAAUGGGUGCGAAGGCAAAUCAGCUUCUUGCGAGACGAGCUGAGUACGAUGAGCGCCACACUCCAGAUGCUUGUAGAUGCAUAGGAUCUCAACCACCAGAUGAGAGGCUGGAGGGACAAGAUGAAAUAUUGUACCUCGUUGUAGUUGAUGAUGUAUGGGAUGCAAAACCAUGGGAGACCAUCAAGCUUGCAUUAAUGAAUAACAAUUGUGGUAGCAGAGUAAUCACUACAACACGUAGCAAUGGUGUUGCAUCAUACUUGUCUUCCCAAGGCGGUAAUAUUUACCAAAUGAAAUCUCUCAGUUUUGAGGACUCCAAGAGGUUGCUUUUUAAAAGAGCAUUUGGUUCUGAAAGCUUAUGCUAUACUCAUUUGGGUACUGCUCCGGAUGAGAUAUUAAGAAAAUGUGAUGGUUUACCAUUAGCAAUCAUCACUAUAUCUAGCAUGUUAGCUGAUCAGCACGCAAAAGGUGAAUGGGACAGUGUACUAAAUGAUAUUGGUUCUUCUCUUGCUAAGAAUCCUAGUGCUGAGAAUAUGACGGCCAUAUUAUCUAUGAGUUACUUUGAUAUUCCUCACCAUCUAAGAAGUUGUUUGUUGUACUUGAGUGUGUACCCAGAAGAUUGUAAGAUUGUGAAACAAUGUUUGAUCAAUAGGUGGAUUGCAGAAGGGUUCAUUCAUAAGGAAAAAGGUCAAAAUGAAUAUGAAAUUGGUGAGCGUUACUUCAAUGAUCUGAUCAACAGAAGUAUGAUCCAACCUGUUAGAGUAAAGUAUGGUCAGGCGAAGGAAUGUCGAGUGCAUGACAUCAUCCUUGACUACAUCAAAUGCAAGGCCACUGAAGAGAAUUUUGUAACUUCAUUUGAUGCUGCAGAGCCUGUAUAUGCAUCAGAAUACAAGGUUCGUAGGCUUUGUGUGAGCAACGACAAUGAAGAAAAUGUUACUUUGUGGGCAGACCAGAUCUUGUCUCAUGUUCGGUCAGUUACUAUAUUUGGAGAGCCUGUGAAAAUCUCUUUGUUGCCUUCCACUCCUCUUCGUGUGUUGGACCAAAGAGAACACUAUGGCAUGUACCAUCAUCUUGCAAGUAUUGGGAAGUUGUUUAAUCUUAAGUACUUGCGUCUCUGCUCAUGUUUCAUAACUGGGCUCCCAGAGACUGUUGGUGAACUACAUCAUCUACAGACGUUGGAUGUGCGAGGCACUCGUAUCAGAGAACAACCACGAACUAUCACGGAACUUCAACAACUGACUCGUUUAUAUGUUGAUUGGGAUACUAGAUUUCCAGAAGGAACAAUAGGAAAGAUGCACAGCUUGGAAGAGCUGAGGAGUGUGCUAGAACUGGAGGUCAUAUGUGUGAGACCAGAAGAUGUUGAGAUCCUUGGAGAAAUACCCAGUUUGGUUUUUCUCAACCUAGUCACUACCGGGGGCACUGGCGGAAGGAUCGUCUUCCCUGGCAACAGCGGAUUCAGAAGUCUAAAAUAUUUCUCCCUGCGUAUCAAGUUUUGUGGGACCUCCCUGGAGUUUGAAGCGGGAUCAAUGCCAAAGCUUGAGCACGUGAAGCUUGAGUUUCGUGCGCAUGAGAUGGAGUGCUUGAAUGGUGCUUCUAGUUUGGGCAUCCAGCACCUCUCGUCUCUCAACAAGGCUGAGAUCGAAAUUGGUAGCGACUGGCAUGAGUAUGACGUGGACUACAACCCAGUGGAAGAUGAUCAUGAUGACACUGCCCGAUGUAUUUCAAGAGCCAUUAAUGCUGCCAUCGAGACACUUCCCAACCGUCCCACUGCCAGCUUCAAAGAGUUGACUGCAAACAUUUGGAGCCCUUGCUUUGAGGGAGUUGAAUCAAAAGUGGGGGGGGAUUAUUGA